UUCUGGUGCUUCCGGCAGCUGAUUAUCCCAAGAAGUCCUAAUGGCAGAGAAAGCAGCAGAAGGAUCCGCAGAAGCUUCACCAACAGCGGCAGAGAGACAGCUCCUCCGCCGCCGACAGGAGCUCGACUACUGGAAGAAAAACGCAGCGCGGCUCCGCAGCAGGAACCUGCUGACCGGCCUGGGGAUCGGAGCGUUUGUGGUCGGCAUGUUCAGCUACACCAUCCUGUCCGUCAAACAGGAGAGAAUCAUGGAGGAGCUGGAUGAUGAAGCCAAGAUCCACAUCAUCAGAGGACCUCGGACCGGAGCCAACUCCUGACGACGCUGACCAUGAACUGUCCUGGAAUACAUGGAACUGUUCCCUCACCGCAGGGCGGGGGGUCUGUGUGUGACUUCCAUAGUGUGUAUGGUGACAUACUAACUUACAUACUACUCUAAUUCACAUGAAGACAUCACAGAUUCUUUCAUUUAUUAUUUUCUGUUUGGAAAUACAUCAAAUCUGUUGGAACUGUUCAUUUCUGAACUCUUUUCUGCAUUAAGGUAAACCUGCUGUGAAUCAAGCUCGACAUGUUGUGGAAAAAAUGCUUUGCUAAUGCUAUGUACAGGUCCAUAACUUCCAAAUCAAUUACUAAUCAUUUCUGAGACACUUCCUCAAAGAACUCUGCAAUUUGGUACUAAUUAUUACUAACUUAUUAUUGUAGAGAAACGGUGUUCAGUUGGUAUAUUUCCAAUAAAUGAAAUGUAAUUUGUGAUCGCAACAAUUAACGUAAAUUUAACUAAUACCUGUGAAAACUGUGAGACUUGCAAUCCAAUCACUACAACGUUUUCGCAAAAUUGACCAAUCAUUGUACAUGCAUCCGGGAAAACCUUUCCUUCAUGCUUGCAAGGAAAGUGGUAUUCAGUUGGUUGUAAUCUGCAACUUCACCACUAGAUGCCACUAAAUCCUACACUCUGGUUCUUUAACAACAGUCAACAUCAGUAAAGUAUAAUAUAUAAUAUAUAUAUUUAUACAACUUCCCAUUUCAGUUAGAUUCCUGCAACAAGUGAUCAAAUCAUUGUAAACAUGGAGCCAAUUUCUUCUUUAUGAGGAUUUUUUAAAUCUUCAUUUUUCUCUACAAAUCUAACAUCUAUGAAGACAAAAACCAUGUUUCCUCUUACCAAUAAAAAUUGAAUAAUCUG